UCGGGAGUAUCCUAUAUAAUGUAGUUUAUAUACAUACUACAACCCCCACGUCUCUUCCUCUCUAUUCAUCAACAUCUAUUAUACAAUACCACCACCAAAGAUUUGACUUUUUUAUCUUCUCUUUUCCGUCCAACGCGAGAAUAAUGGCUAAAGGCUCUUCCCAGUCCCAAUCAUCAACAUCCACCUCCUCCUCAGCCUCCCGUCCCGGUCUGGCUGCUCCUCGUGGAUCCGCCGCCGCUACGGCUGGCAUGCGUCGCCGCAAGCUCGGUGGCGGUGGAGGCGCAUCGGCAGGGGGAGGAUCCGUGGGUGGGGGAGGAUCGAGCAACAUGCUGAGGUUCUACACGGAUGAAGCUCCUGGUUUGAAGAUAUCACCUACGGUUGUUCUCAUUAUGAGUCUAUGCUUCAUCGGUUUUGUCACCGCUCUUCACGUCUUUGGAAAGCUCUACCUUCACAAAUCCGGAUCCAAAGCUUAGAUCUUGUCAUCUUGAUCUUCUCCGAUGUGUGUUGCUGAGUUUUCUUUUUGUAUGUCUUUUGUUUCCUUUUUUUGGUCGAUCUUGAUCUUGAUCUUGAUCCAUGUAAGUCUUUAAACGUUGAAUAAAACAUGUUAGUUUUUGUUUGUA